AUGGGGGGAAGAACGUCGUUUUUUGCGAAAGAGCGGAGGGGGGCGCGAUGGCGCCGGAGAACCCCGCGCCACCAAUACCCCCAACACCCUCAGGAAACGCCCCCGAAAGAAUAUCGAAGGGAACGCAGGCGCGAUCCCACAAGCCCUCCGCCCACCCAACGCCCGGGCGCCAGAACCUUUGAGGAAUCUGGUGGGGCUUCGCGGUGUGGCGACGAAACCCUUUCCGAAACAAAGUCGGUUUGGGCGUGGGUCGGCGCCGUGUCGCCGCGGGACGGAGACCCUGCGCCGUCUCGUCUUGCAGCCUGCGUCGUGCAUGCGGCGUUUUCGCCUACCGGGCCGACGCCGAAGAACCACCCGAACGGCACAGGGACCGUUGUGAUUGAUGGCGCGCAUGUGCGGAUGUCCUCCGCAUUUGGCGUUUUCUGA